UUCCUGAAUGCAUGGUCAGGUGAAGGUGGCGACCGCUCCGAGCUAUACAACGCCACCCAAGACACACUCGUCAACACCGUAGCAGACAACUGCAACAACACGAUUGUGGUCAUCAACACUACUGGACCCCGUCUAGUCGACCAAUGGAUAACCCACUCCAACGUAACCGGCGUCCUCUACGGCGGCCCCCUCGGCCAAGAAUCCGGCAACGCCAUCGACGACAUCCUCUUCGGCGCCGUGAACCCCUCAGGAAAACUAGCCCACACGAUCGCCAAAAACGAAUCCGACUACGACGCCAACACGCAGAUCACCGAGUCGCUAGAAAUCGAUUUCUCGGAGGGGAAUUACAUCGAUUAUAAGUAUUUCGACAAAUACAACGUGACGCCGCGGUUCGAGUUCGGGUACGGGUUGAGUUAUACGACCUUCAACUACUCGGAGCAGGUGACGGUGACGUCUAACGCGACCGCAUUGGCGCAGGCGUAUGCUACGGGCGCCCUCGCUGUUGGGGAACGAGAGGAUCUGUGGGAUGUGGUGGCUACGGUGUCGAGUAGUAUUUCGAACACGGGGGAUGUUGCGGGUGCCGAGGUAGCUCAGCUGUAUGUGGCGUUCCCUGAUGCGGCUGAUGAGCCAGUGAGGCAGUUGCGUGGGUUUGAUAAGGUGAUGAUCCAACCAGGGGAGAGUGAGGCCGUGAGUUUCGAGUUGAAGAGGAGGGAUUUGAGUGUUUGGGAUGUGGGUGCGCAGGCCUGGAAGAUUGAGAGUGGGGAGUACGUUUUCUAUGUUGGGGCGAGUAGUAGGGAUUUGAGGGCAUCGGCUACUUUGACUGUUUAA